ACCCCAGCCAUCCCAGUAGACAGUCGCAUCGAAGUCGUAUCGUGGCGCGGUACCUCUCUCUUUCUUGCGUAGGAUCAACCUUGGUCGAUGUCACUCAAUCACCUGGUCAUCCAUCGUUGCAACAAAGGUUCACUUCAAACUUCGAGCGUCACGAAUAUAUCGUUGAGAGUUACCCGAGCCUCCACCUGGCUGGGUAUUCUUGAACGGCUCGCAGGAGAUAAGCCACACCAUGUCGAUCGAUCCUCGAAGUGAAGACGACCUCUAUCUAUCACAGAUAUUCCCUCAAUUCAGCAGGCAACACAACGAAAGAAGCACGCACCACCCAUCAACGCAAAGCAAACGAAGAAUCCCGAGUGUCACUCCUCAUAUGAGAUCCGGUCAAAUCUCUGCUCAAUCUCAACAAGAAUACCUUGACACCGACUCUGUCCGUGCACUCAUCAGACCGCAAGAUGAUCCGGUGUGGACUGGAAGGCUAGAAACACAUAGCGGUCACUUGAUGAAUGACUUUCGUCUUGCGAGCACUGUGAUCAGUCAGCCCAGCGAGAUAUCGCUAGCAGCGUCAUCUUCGGAAUUUUAUACGAACUAUCACACUUUCCAGCCGCUAAGUGCCAGUACACAAGAAGGCAGCUCGGUAAGAUCUGGUGGUCCUGUCCAAUUGGGAUACAUGGGCUCAGACAUCCUCGGGUCAGACAGUCCCCUGCCCCUGGAUCAUUUCGGGACCUCUCAAGAAUAUCGAGCCAUGGCCGGUACAGGUCCCUUCUCCGACACGCAAUCUCAAAGGCCACGGGGCUUGGCAGCGGAUGUGGACCGCCAUCAGCCGAAAGGGAAAGCACAUCGCGCUCGAGGCAGGUCUCCUGUCAUUUGUGCUAUCUGCGGCGUCCAAUCGAGGAAUCGAUCUGAUGCGAAAAAACAUAGCCAAGUCCACAAUCGAGAUUACGUCUGCGAGAUACCAGGAUGCAAGCGUAAUGUGCACGGAUUUGGAAACGUUCACGACCUGGAGCGUCACAAGAAGGGUGUUCAUAGCAUGCACGGAGGAGCCGGGUGGAGAUGUUCGAUCUGUGUACGUGCCGCUCCAGCCGAGAAGAAAGUUCCCAGGUUUUGGAGCAGAAAGGACAACAUGAAGGCCCAUAUCAUAAGGAUGCACCAAUCCGAGCUGCAAUCGGCGCAAAAUCCAGAUCGAGUCAUCGAAAAGAUAGUUCAAGAGUAAGUCAUCAAUCACAGGAUUUCCUGAGGUUAAACUAAGGAAUUGCAGAUCCCGCGUCGAGGCGCCCUCCAACAACGACCCUGAUACAACCAAAUCUGCUGGUAUGUCGGAAACGACUAUGCAGACCGAUGCAAUAUCCGACGACGAGGAUGGUUCUGCUGACACCAGCAGUGUCGUGUCACCAGCUUUGGCCGAUCAUC